AAUAGAAUUAAACCUUCCGCUCGAUAUUACCCUAGAGUUUCUUAUGGGGAGGAGACUGGCUGAUAAGAUCUCAUUAUUUUUGCACUGGUUUCUACGCAAUAUCGCUUUCAUUCUCGGCGCGCAGGUAGAAUGACUCAAUGAUGCUUGCGUUGACUUUGUCGAGAGUGAGAGACGACAAUGCGAUAUAGAUUCGUCGAUCAAGCUUAAGGACGCGUCUGUAGAUAUUCUCUCGAAGUAUCUGAAUUCUGAACUCGGCGAGUAUUGUCCAGUGAAGUAUCGGGAGCGCUUAUCUGUGCCAAAGGUAGAUACCAAGAAGUGGAUUCUCCCCGCUAUCUACUCGGCUCGUCGACUCGUUUCCAAGCUAGUAUCGCCCUAACAUGCGAUGGUAAGGUAUUCCCUUUUGCAAAGGCCGGCAAUGUCGGCAUGGUCGUUUGUACCACGACAAAUCAGGACCAUCUUUGUCUUCGCGGUGGUCGUCUUCGUGGUCUUCCUUAUCACGGCGCAGUCGUCGAGAAAUGCAAAAUUCGCCGAGCUGCACAUCCUCCAAGGAACUGUGGUCGACAUCUUCGAUUUGGAGAUCAAGUAUAUUUCGGCCAGUCGAUCCGGAAAUCGGGACACGUGGUUCCCGACAGGAGUUCCCGAGGGACACGUGUAUUCUGCCUACGUGGACAUUCGACCGGAAGUCAUCCUGGGGUAUAGGCACCAGAAUUCCAAAUGGGAACAGACAUGGGCCGAGAUCAGGAUCAUCGCGAUCCUGCCUCUUGACAGAGCAGAUUUGCCUUUGACAUGUCAUUACAAAUACAGGACUAGGGGGUCUGAAACGGAAAUUCGAAGCCGCCUCGCUGCCAAGAUAAAGGCAAUCGGAGAACAUUGGGACCUCGAGUACGCGGCAUUCUUCGUCCUCUGCGAUUUGACACUGUCUAUGGACCUGAAUUACGAGACAUUGUAUCAUCGGAGUCAUUUGCCAGUCUCGGUUAGUCUAGGGGAAGCGAACAAGGACUAUGGGAAACCGGACUUGGUGCCAUUCGUCGACAUAAACUACCCCAAGAGGAGGAUCAGCAGGAUCAGCGACUUCGAUAAGUUCCUGGCCGUCUGUAUGCCCGUUCUGCACAAUACGUACGACGAGCCCUUGCGCCUGAUCGAGUUCUUCGAGUAUUACUCGAUGAUGGGAGCGGAACAGUUUAUGGUGUACAAUAGCUCGGUGUCGGAAAGGGUGAAUCGAGUUCUGGAGGUCUAUGCGAGUCGUGGAACGGCUACUGUAAUGCAAUGGCAGCUUCCGGAUAUAUAUGAAUACGAGAAGACUCUUAGAGGCGAAGGGGACUAUGCGGCCCUGAACGACUGUUUUUACAGGAGUUCUUUCCACGAAGGAUACGAGUAUGUCGCCCAUGUGGGCGUGGGGGACUUCAUUGUACCCAGGGUUCACAAGAACUUGAAAGAGAUGAUGUUCUACUUGGAUCCGCACAGGUCGAAGGGCUUGCGCAACCAGUAUGCGGCUUUUGUCUUCAGGAACGUCUUCUAUACGAUGUACGACGACGUAUCGCCGAGAGACCCCAAGUCCCCAUAUCUCGUUUCGCAAGCCAAGACAACGCGGCGGCGUAAAUUCGACGAAGCCGGUAUCGGGAGUAGAUAUAUCGUUCGCAGUAAGGACGCAAUCGAGCUGGGGAAAUAUAGUGUUCAGGAAUUUCGAAGAGGCGUCUCCAUGUUCUCCAGAAGUUACGACGAGCUCGUGGUCGACCCUGAUUUGGCGUUGACUCAUCGUUACAGUGGCUGCGAAGCUGAAGAAACUGGUUGUUACUUGAAACCGACCACGAUCGACGAAACGGCUCCCAAGUUUUCGAAAAAAUUGGAGCAAAGGGUCACGGAAACUUGCGGGAUCGUCUUCGGCACCUCUUCGUGUACUCCGUGACAUCAUUAAGCCUAGUCGAUCAUAUCGCAUGUGUAUAUUACGUAGAUUUUUUAAUACGCUUUUCUAUAUAUCGAGAUAUGCCAAAUGCGAGGCAUAAUGAGGAGCUCUUCAGGGUCCCGCGAAAUUCCCGCAAACGCGAGACGCCACAGUGAAGGGAUUAAUUGUAUACUUUAAUUUGUAAAUGUAAUCAUUACAUUUUGGUUAUUUGGUUAUAUACGCGCUUUGGAUUUUUUCUCAACGCCUGGUCAUAGGGUAGAAAAAGGAGCAUUGUUAACUAGAACUGAAUUUUUAAAGAACGCCUAUCUCUUCGGUAAGUCGAAUGUAUUCAUUUGAAAUGUCGCUCACGCUUUGGCUUUUCGAAGUCCGCGACGAAUUCCGGGCGCCAUUCGACCUCGGGGAACAUUAAAUGGAUUCUUUUGCAUUAAGAGAUCUUGGAAAGGGGCGGCCUUCUUAAUCCUCGUUUUUAAUCCCUUAGGUUCAAGGUCGGAGGGAGAAUAGAGAACAAUUUCCCGUCUGCAAGCGUUUAAUGAGAAGCGGUUCAUUAGAACCUUCUCGUUUGUCUUUAUUAGGCUUACUUGCUUCUACCUUGGCGGACCUUUCGAGCAAAUUCAAGAAGAGAUUAUGUGUGGUCAUCCUCAAGGUGAAAUCAAGCUCUGCUAUUUUUUGUUGUUGUAAUGAAUAUAUUGCGAAAUAAAUAAUUUUAUGUUUAACGAG